AAAUGUGACCGGAGAAAUCGAAAAUCGGAAUUGCAUAAAUUGGUAUUCAAUAUGAGCGAUUCGGACAUUGAAAUAGUAGACGAGUUUCUGCCGGAUGAGAAGUAUCUAGAAUGGCGACCUUUACAUCAAGCGUUGAUAACGAACCAGAGUUUACUCAAGAAACAUCCGCAGGAGAAGAGCCGAGAGCAGAGGAAAAAUCUUAUAAAUAGAUAUGUGGACGGUUGGAUUGCUCUCAACUACACGUAUACUUCUCUCAAGAGAGAGAUUAAAGAACACUUCAAGCAAGUUGAACAGCGAACUUCUGCCAAUGACGCUCUGCAGAAGGUUUUGUGGAAAAGGAUUGAAAAACUUAAACAACAGAAGAAAGUUCCGUUAACCAUCUCAUCGAGCCAUCUGAUCGAUAGGAGUUUUGAGCAUUAUAAAAGAAUUUUGGAUCAAGAAGGGAUGUCAGAUGGAUCCACGGAGUACACUCCAGUUGUUGACAGUGUUGAAGCUAAGCCACCCGUACCUAAUUAUGUACCACCUGACAGUAGCUGGCAGUACAGUGGAGCUGUACCCGGGGGGGUUUAUGGACCUGGUGGUGUACAUGGCCAAGUUCAGGAGCCCCUUCCGGGUCCUUCUAGACCCACUCCUCUGUUGACAGGUUUAAGUAUCUUUAUUUUAGAAAUAUCAGUCUCAUUAUUGGCAUUCUAUUAGUCUUUUCGUUUCUUU